AUGUCUACUCGUACUCACCGUGCUCUGGUUACGGUUGGGCCAAGGAAGCCGUUCGAGGUCCAUCAAAGGCCUACCAAGAUUCCAGACGGAGACGAAAUCUUAGUGCACUCAAAGUUCACGGCGUCGACCCCUUUGGAUCUCCAUAGAGCCGAUGGCGGGCUUCUAGUCGAACCACCACAAGUCUUAGGGGCAGUUACUGUUGGUAUUGUACAGGAAGUUGGUCCGGACGCAAAGCGCUACCGGCCUGGCGACGAAGUCUUUGGCUGGGCUCACGAGGGUAACUAUCAAGCCGCCCACCAGGAGUUCGUUACGGCGCCAGAAUGGAAGUUUGGCAAGAUCCCCAAUGGUUUCUCAAUGGAGCAGGUUGCUACCAUCCCUGAGAACUUUAUCUCGGCCUUCAACACAUUGGUUUCGGACCUCGACCUGCCGACACCUUGGCCGAAGCCGGCGGAUUAUGUUCCGCCCCGAGCAAGUGAUCCCAUCCUCAUCUGGGGUGCGGCAUCAUCCGUUGGUCAGCUGUCGAUACAGAUCCUGAAAUACUAUGGCUACCGCCAUCUGAUUGGAACUGCUUCCCCGGCUCACCAUGAAUUCUUGAGACAUCUGGGUCUUUCCGAAGUCUUCGAUUAUAAAGACCCCAAAGUAGCUGAACAGUUGCUGGAAGCUGCCAGCAAGGCCGGAAUAGAAAACAAACCGAGAAUUCCAAUGGUAAUUGACUGCAUUGGAUCCCAGGAAGGGAGCUUAAAAACCAUUGCGCGACUUGCUGAGAAAGGAACGAUUGUAGCUAUUAUGUUACCUGUCAUCCUAAAGCAUUCCUCGAAUGAUCAGGCCCCGGAGUAUUCUAUGGAAGUCGCGGAUGCGGCACCAUGGGCAGAAGGAGUGGAACCACGUGGUGUAAGGACACAUUUUGUGUGGAGACAUGCGUUCUUCAAGGAGAAUCUUGCGACGAAAAUCAUGCCGGCUUUCUUGGCGGAGGGUAUAGUGGCACCUCACAGAUACCGCUUGAUCGAGGGGAACAACAUCCUCGAAAGAGGCACCAAUGCACUCAAUACACUGAGAGAUGGAGUGAGCCGCGAAAAGCUCGUGUGGCGGACAAGUGAUAACUAG